CUCAGAUAUUGUCUAUUCCUGCAAUACUGAACUGGGACUGGAACCGGGAACCAUUUUAUUAGUUUGUUAGCUUGUGGCUUGUGAUUUGAAGUAGGGUAUUGAAUGAAGUAUUUUAUACUGGUUAAUUUCCAGAUAAUGGAAUGAUUUCAUUGAAUACUCUGUAGAUUAAAUACUAGGCUAGGCGAUAUUACAAUUUAUUUUCAUUUCAAAUAGGUGAUUUGCAAUAAAUCAUGUCUGGAACAGAAGAAAAUUCUUCUAUCCUUGAUGAAAACGAAGAAACCAAGUCCCCUAAAGCCAGAUCAUCAAGAGGCACAGCAAAGAGGGGACGUUCAAGAAAAGGCAACAAUGUGAAGGAUAAGUUGGAUAAAGAAAGUGAAGAAGAAAAGGGCUUGAAUGAGAAUGAACUAGAAAUGGGCAAUGGAGAGGAAAAUGCAAUAAAUGGUGGGCUGGAGAAGACAAGCAAUGAAAAUGUUACAAAUGAUGUAAACAAAGAAACGGAUAAAAAAAGUCCUGCAAAUUUGUCUACCGGUGAUGUGGAUGUGCCAGAGCUGGAUGAGGCUCCACCACCCACCAUUACACCAACACAUGCUCCUCGUCCUCUGAAGCUGCGGACCAGCCUCUCCACGGGUGAUGGGGAAGACACUGACGAGAAAAAGGAAGAGGACGUGGAGAAGAUGGAGGACGAUAAUCAGCUACCGGAGGAGUUCACAGUAGUGGAGGAAGUGGAAAGUGAUGUUGACGAUGUUCAAGAGGUUCCUGUAGAGAAAAUGGAAGUGGAGUCAGUCCAUAACAGCAAGACUUCACCCCAAGGACAAACUCUUGAGGGCAUGACUGUAAUAGAUGAGGUAAUUGAUGAAUCUGAGAAGAAGGAUUCACUGGACGAUUCCAAACAGAACAUGGAACCAGACACGGAAAUGGUGUCUGAAGACGAGCUGCCAGCAGAAGUGAACAAGGAGCCAUUAGAAACUGAGGCUGUGUCAGAUGAGGAGCUACCAACCAGUGGAGACCUGCCUGAGACUGAAGCUGUGUCUGAGGAUGAACUGCCUCCUGAGGGCACUGAUAAGAAAAAGAAACGCAGAAAAACAACACCUUCCAAGAGUAAAACAGAGGGAGAUGACAAGAAUGAGGGUGGUGAGGGAAGUGCCACCAAGAAGGAGUCAUCUAAGAGGAAAUUGGCUGACGGAGAGUACGACCCCAGCUCCCCUACGUCUGAGGCUAGUGACGACUCUCCGGCCGCCAAGAAAGCUGCUACUGAUGGGAAGUCUGUUACCAAGCCACCUACAAAGGUGAACAAAGUACUCCCAGAGUUGGAGAAAUAUUGGAAAGCUGUCAAAGAGGAUCCUACCGAUUUCACCGGUUGGACAUACCUGCUUCAGUAUGUUGAUCAGGAGAACGAUGUGGAAGCGGCACGUGAGGCAUAUGAUGCAUUCUUAUCUCACUACCCAUAUUGCUAUGGAUACUGGAGGAAAUACGCUGACUACGAGAAGCGUAAAGGCAACAAAACCAAGUGCGAGGAGGUAUAUGAAAGGGGGUUGAAGGCCAUACCGUUCAGUGUAGACCUAUGGAUCCACUACCUCAACUACUGCAAGACAACAUUUGCUGAUGACGAGGAAAUGUUGCGAAGCACUUUUGAGAAGGCACUGGAGACUUGUGGCCUAGAGUUCAGAUCGGACCGGCUCUGGGAUGCCUACUUGAAAUGGGAAACAGAUAACAAGAAUCUGCAGAACAUCACAAAGAUCUAUGACAGAGUGCUGGCCACUGCGACACAGGGAUUCCAGACUCACUUUGAUGGGUUCUGUGCCCACAUCAACAAUAACCCUCCCAGCAAGGUGUUGACUGUGGACGAGUUUCUGACACUGAGGCAGGAGGUGUUGCAACAGUUGAGGCAAAGUGAUUCUGCACUGGGAGAGGCGGUGACUGCCCCGGGGGAUGACACAGAGGCACCCCCGGGCGAGGAGCCGGCUGAGGAAGCCGUUAUUGCUGUAGCAAGCCCUGAAGAGACUGCCAAAUUGAAAGAGAAAAUAGUCUCUAUUCGUUGGAAGACCCAUAUCACCACAAAGGAAGCUGUCCAAGCUCGGCAGACUUUUGAAGAAGGGAUCAAGAGACCAUACUUCCAUGUCAAGCCACUGGAGAGGUGUCAGUUGAAAAACUGGAAGGACUACUUAGAGUUUGAGAUUGCGCAGGGAGAUGCAAAGAGGAUCUCUGUUCUGUUUGAGCGGUGCCUCAUCGCGUGUGCACUGUAUGAGGACUUCUGGCUGCGUUAUUUGCGAUACCUAGAAGAGAAGGUAACUGAUAACACAGAGAUUAUUCGAGAUGUUUAUGAGCGUGCCUGCACCAUCCAUCACAAGAAGAAACCCAAUCUCCACUUGCACUGGGCUGUCUAUGAAGAGAUGCAAGGAAACUACGAGAAAGCUGGAGAGAUACUUACAGCUCUGGAGAAGGUGGUCCCCAACCUAAUUCAAGUGAUCUACCGCCGGAUUAACCUGGCUCGCAGGAGUGGUGACGUAGCUACAGCAGCUGAUCUCUAUGAACACUACAUUGACAAGGCGAAGAACAGGGUCAUCGCCAACAAUAUGACAAUCAAAUAUGCCCGAUUCUGCUGGAAGAUACUUAAUGACAUUGACCGAGCUGUUUCUAUUUUGAAAAAAGCACUUGAGAAGGAUAAGGAAAACCCACGACUGUAUCUGCAGCUGAUCGACAUGGCACUGCAAAGGACACCAGUGGAUGAGAGUGAGGUGAUAGGAGUCAUUGACAUUUACCUGGCACGGGAAAACGCUGAGCUGGAACAACGUGUCAUGUUCGCCCAGCGCAAAAUUGAGUUCCUUGAAGACUUUGGCUCCAAUGUCAAGAGUGUCCAGAAAGCGACAGAUGAAUUCCAAAAGUUACUUAAACAGCUUCAAGAGAAGAAAAAGAAAAGUGAUGACAACAAGAAACAAGAAGAACCGAAUUUGAAGAAAACUAAGUCGGAUCAGAAAGACAGUUCUGGACCUUCGUAUAAUGCUUCGCAAAUGUCCCAGCCCCCGGCCUCGACGGGACAGUACUCUGCACCCAACUACAAUCAAAGUGGAGGCUACAGUCAGCCUCCUGCCCAGGGUGGUUACAACCAGGGCUACAACCAGCAGCCCCCUUAUAACCAGCAGUACAACCAGCAGUAUAAUCAGAGUGAUCCCAACUAUAACAACUAUCAGAACUGGGGCUACUCACAAACCGGUUACGGUAACUACAACCAAGGCUGGGGUGGCUAUAACUACUACUAAACUGUACAUUCUUAACUUUCAACAUGGAUGUAUACAUUUUUGUGUAUAUAAAGAAUAAUGAUUUAUUUAAGUAUAGAAGUUAUCUAUUAAGUCUACUACUUGUGAUUAGUAGUUGUUAUAAUGUAGACAAAUUAAGAUAGAAAAAUAUGAAGAAAUGAAGGCAUAAAUUAUGUUCAUUUGUAUUAAAUUUGGUUCUUGACUUUAUAAUAAAUGUAAUGAAACCUAA